AUGGGUGCCUGCAUUUCCGCGCCCGUGGGGUCGGCGCCAGCGGCCAAGGAAAUCUUCGACCAAGGCCCCUUCCCUGAGGAGGGCAAGAAGCUACGCAAAGGCGCCAGGCUGAGGGAUGUCUACCGUGUUGGAGGAACUAUUGGCGCUGGAGGCUUCUCCAAGGUGAAGAUCAUCACAGACCGGGAAACCAAGCAGCAGUGGGCCUGCAAGAUCAUGUCGCUUCCGCCAGCAGACAGCGAGUCAAAAGAGGACCAGGAAAACCGCACGGACACGCUGCGGGAGAUUGACGCCGUGCUGGAUUUGGAGCAUCCCAACGUGGUGGGAAUGAAGGAAUACUUCGUUGAAAACAACAGGGUGUACCUGAUCAUGGAGCUGCUGCGAGGCGGCGAGCUGCUGGACGCGGUGAACACGCACGGAAACUACAGUGAGGCAGAUGCGCGGGCCAUCUUCUGCCAGCUCAUGCGCGGCGUUCAAUACCUGCACUCUGUGGGCGUGGUGCACCGCGACCUGAAGCUGGACAACCUGCUGCUGGCAAAGAAGGGCGACAUCAGCACCGUCAAGAUUGCAGACUUUGGGAUUGCAAUGAAGCAGCACACGCCCAACGCGCUCCACCAGAUGCGGACUGUGUGUGGCACAUCACAGUACAUUGCGCCCGAGGUCAUCCGCGCCGGCAAGAAGCGGAGCUCUCCCAAGGCCGUGCCGUCACUUAAUGUGUACGGCCCCGCCUGUGACCUGUGGAGCUGCGGCGUCAUCCUGUUCAUGCUGCUGGGCGGCUACCCGCCUUUCUGGAAUGAGCGCCAGCCGCUCUUGCUGAGCGCCAUCAUACGUGGCACCUUCUCGUUCUCAGACAAGGUGUGGAAGACUGUCAGCCGGGAGGCAAAGGACCUCAUCUCCAAGCUGCUCGUGGUGGACCCCGCCAAGCGGCUGACCCCUGAGCAGGUGCUGGCUCACCCCUGGAUGGCAGCCUGCAAGAAGGAGCGGCCGCUGUCGCAGACCCAGGAGCGCAUGAAGAGCGGCGUGGGCCUGUCCAAGCGCAAGACCCAGCCGGGCAGCCCCCGGCUGCACGACAUCAUUGCAGACAUCUCAGUCAAGGCUGCGCAGGCGUGGUUUAUGGAGAGCAACACCUCACUUGAUCAGCUUCCCGUGGCACCCUCUGAAUGA